UGCUUAGUUCCGACACUGUCAGGGGGCAGCGGCAGCAUUGAUUGCUCCGACCAACCCUGGUUGGCGUGUCUCAUCUCCCGACGACGCUCCAGUGCGCCUGCAUUGCAUUGCAUUGCAUUAUUAUUAUUAUUAUUAUUAUUUCUUAUAGCAGCAUUCCAUCAUCAUGGAUCUGCACUUCUCUUCGGCCGCAAGUCUUUUCCCCUCUUCUUCUUCUUCUUCUUCUUCCUCCUUCUCCCCCUCCAUUACCACCCCCACCUCUUGCUCUCCGCUCCCUUAAUUUCCUGCCCUGUCUCCACUUCAGCUGGCUUCAGGCUUCUGGAUUUAGGGUCUUCUCUCAUUUUGCUAGUUGCCCAUGUGUCUCUUGGGUUGUCGUUGUGGGGGGGGUUGUUCAUGAGAAGGUCUUUUUUGUUGGGUGGCUACGUCACGACGCCGAUGUUGUUGUUGUUGUUUUGAUGGACCAUGACUUCAUUUGCAGGGGUUUAGUGGAGCUAUUGGGUUUUCGUUUCCAGUGCCAGUGGAUGUGUCUUGUUGUAGGGGUGUUUCAUGCAAUGACGUGAAGUUAGUCUUAGUCGGUGGGACAUUCGUUUUGAUUGCUUGACAGGGGUGUUCUAGGAGGAACUGGUAGAAAGGUGCUCUGUAUUGCGACCUUUGUGUCACUCAUCGCCAGUGUUGUCUUUGUAAAUUUAAAUUAUUACUUCUUUUUUUUUUGUUCUUUUUUUGUUCUUUUUUUGUUCUUUGUUUUCAAAUUUUUAUUCUUCGCUUCAAGUGGAUGGAAACUAAAAUGAGUAGUGUGCAGCCUUUUGGCUUUCCGCCUCGUCUUACGUUACCUUUAUCUCCAAAAAUUAGUUGUGGAUGACAGCGGUGCAUCAGAGCUUGAAGAGCAGCACUAAGAGGAUGCUCAAUCGCUCACAUUAACUGUUUGGAAUUGCACUGGUCCUGAAAUUACAGGAGGUUAUUAUUUAUAUCUUCAGCCGAAGUGAGCUUUUGUUGGAUAGUUUGAAAGGUCUGAGACACUAAAAAAUCGGUCAUCGUUUGGCGCAUAUUCUAGGAUCGUCUGUUAAAUUGAAAUAAGUUUCUUCUACGCUUGUUAAAGUAAAUAGGUAUUUUGAGAGCAACUCGAACGUCACCUUGUCAAUGUCGUGGGUUUUGGAUUGCCUUUGGAGCCGAACACGUGCACGCUCUUCUGGAUUCUUUUCUGCUGUCAAGGUCGUCAAAAGCUCUUGAAGGAUGGCAUGCCUCGCCUUGAGAUGACCAUAAGUUUAUCAGCCUAGUAAGUGCGUUAAGCGUUGUGUUGCUUCGAAUCAAGCCGCUACCUUCAUCGGCAUUUUCAGAGAACACGGGACCUCACGACAGGGGUCUUGUGUACCUUCAACAAAAUAGUUUUGUCGAAACAUACCAUCAUCAUGCAGUGGGCUACAACAGAUAUCAUGGAGGGGCUCACGGCCUUGGUCAUGGAGAAAGAAAAAGAGAAGGAGAAAGAGAGGGAGAAAGAUCGUGAACGCGAAAAAGAAAAGGAAAAGGAGAAAGAGAAAGAGGGCGAGAUGGAGGCCGCUCUAUACACGAAUUGCUCUCUGUUAGGACUGGAUGCCUCAGUACUUGGGGCUUCACCUGGUAUUCGAGCAGGGCUUUUUCGGUACUCCAAUCCUCGAGUGGGCGAGUUCCUUCUCUACUUUCUCCUUUCAGCUCUCAGAGGUCCUCAACUCUCGUCUAAGGACUUUGCUGGAGUAUGGCCAAUAUGUGAUGCUGCUCAAUCUCGUGACUUCCGGAAGAUUGUUCAAAACUUGAUCAAUGAACUGGAAUCUCAGGGAGCCUUACCACACAGUAACUCAAGAGUUUCAUCAUUGGCUACUUGUUGCGGACAGAGAUUUGUGGAACUAUUGUGGCAGCUCUCUGCACAUGCCCUGCGAGAGGUGCAUCGGCGCACUUUCCUUGCAGAUGUUGCCUCAAAUCCACUUCCAGCGCCAUUAGCAGAGAUUGUUGCUCAUAAUAUGCAUGCAGCUUCUCUUCUUAACGUUACGAAGGCCCGGAUCGCUUUGGAGAGGAGAAAAUUCUUGGAAGAUGCCGCAACUGCAGUUCGAAGGCAGGGAAUGUGGUCAAACAUGGCACAUGAAAUUACUGCAGAGUAUCGCUCUUUGUGUGCUGAAGAGGCGUUUUUGAAUCAAGAGCUGGGAAAGGUGCAAGAGUCUGGAGUAGAAUUUUUUGAGGCAAGGGAGGGAACAUCAAGUAAUGCAGGUGAGGCGACGGCUGCAGAUGUAAAGUCUAUGACAGUGGAUCGAGCUUCACAAAUUUGGAGAACCCUUCUGGAUCACUCAGAACAGAGUGCAAAAGCCACAUCCGGGCCUAUUGAAGACUUGAUUGCCCAGAGAAAGCACAGAUUCAGGAUAGACGGCACUCUGUUGCGGGCUGCAAUGGAUCAGGAUGCUGGCCGACCUUGUAUGGACUCGUUGUCUUGUGAUACUAGAAUCAGUUGGCAUGAAGAGUACCAGAGUCAGCCUGCUUCAGCAAGUGACGAACUGUGCAACAAUGACAAAUGCAGCAAGCAAGAUGAAAGGAAUGGAAAGGAUGCUUCCCCAUUGGAUGUGUCUGAAGUGUUGCGUCGUUGGACUCAUGCAUUGAAGCGCAUCCACAAGCAAGCACUUCGUUUGGCUCAGACCAACAAUGGGGCUGGACCCGAGAUAUUAGCAGCCGUCACGAACUUGGAGGAAAAUGCGCAUGCAUGUGCAGUACGUGCAACCCUUGCAGAGCAUAAAGAGCACCUAGAAAACGUUGAGGUAUUAAUGGACCAUGUGAAAAGCUCCAUGCCAGGAAUGAAAGCAGCCAUUGCAAGUCUAAGCGAAGAAGCUGAUUGUAUUGAGUGUGCUGCGAGUUCUGCUGAGUCAGCAUCCCCGAUGCUCACGAGCACCAGCCUUGCGAGAAGAUCAGAUCGGUGUCUUGUUUCGAGCCGGUCCAUUGCCGCACAAAUCGAACAAGACAAUGCUGGUGUUGACCUCGCCAAUGUUGCGGAGAUAAAAUCAGAUCAGGCCGCAGAUAGCUACGGACUUGUGAGAAGUCGAUCUCUAAAACAAGACAAGUACCCCAGCUCAUCAACGUAGCUGCUGCUUUGCUUCAAUGGACUGUUCGUUUUAGCGGCUCAGAGGUUUUAUUGGCUCUAGGAUCCAGACAUUUCCUCUUCAUAAGGAAUACGAUCCUUAUUCUUUUGCUGGAAUUACCACUGUACAUAAUGUUGAUUAUUGAUGCCUUUCUGUCAGUUUUAGAACUCUACUCACAAGGGAGAAAGGGGUGAAGCCUAACUCUGACUCUUAAGCCCUGGUGAAUUGGGCCUGAGCCUUGCCCGAAGUUGUUUUGGUGGGCCAUAAUUUUGAGUUAAUCACCACUCAAUAUGACAUUUAAAAUUGUUUGUUGAAGAUGUUAAUUGAA